AAUUCUCGCGAGAUUCGGCCUGAAUACCAGCCCUUCAGCUCCAGUGACUUGCGAGUUGGUUUCCUCUAGAUUCUCGUGGCCACACCUUUCUCCGACACGAGCCUUUCCGGUACUGUGCCCCGGAAGCGGAAGUGCGAUCUUCGGGCUGUCAGAGUUGGUCUGUUACUCGGUGGUGGCGGAGUCUACGGAAGCCGUAUUCGCUUCACUUUUCCUGGCUCUAGAGUGCAUUCCCCCUGGCGAGUGGGAGUGCAGGGACGAAGGUGCGAGAUGAGCACUAUGUUCGCGGACACUCUCCUCAUCGUUUUUAUCUCUGUGUGCACGGCUCUGCUUGCAGAGGGCAUAACCUGGGUCCUGGUUUACAGGACAGACAAGUACAAGAGACUGAAGGCAGAAGUGGAAAAACAGAGUAAAAAAUUGGAAAAGAAGAAGGAAACAAUAACAGAGUCAGCUGGUCGACAACAGAAAAAGAAAAUAGAGAGACAAGAAGAGAAACUGAAGAAUAACAACAGAGAUCUAUCAAUGGUUCGAAUGAAAUCCAUGUUUGCUAUUGGCUUUUGUUUUACUGCCCUAAUGGGAAUGUUCAAUUCCAUAUUUGAUGGUAGAGUGGUGGCAAAGCUUCCUUUUACCCCUCUUUCUUACAUCCAAGGACUGUCUCAUCGAAAUCUGCUGGGAGAUGACACCACGGACUGUUCCUUCAUUUUCCUGUAUAUUCUCUGUACUAUGUCAAUUCGACAGAACAUUCAGAAGAUUCUUGGCCUUGCCCCUUCACGAGCCGCCACCAAGCAGGCAGGUGGAUUUCUUGGCCCACCACCUCCUUCUGGGAAGUUCUCUUGAACUCAAGCAGAACUCUUUAUUUUCUAUCAUUCUUUCUAGACACACACACAUCAGACUGGCAACUGUUUUGCAGCAAGAGCCAUAGGUAGCCUUACUACUUGGGCCUCUUUCUAGUUUUGAAUUAUUUCUAGGCCUUUUGGGUAUGAUUAGAGUGAAAAUGGCAGCCAGCAAACUUGAUAGUGCUUUUGGUCCUAGAUGAUUUUUAUCAAAUAAGUGGAUUGAUUAGUUAAGUUCAGGUGAUGUUUAUGUAAUGAAAAACAAAUAGCAUCCUUCUUGUUUCAUUUACAUAAGUAUUUUCUGUGGGACCGACUCUCAAGGCCCUGUGUAUGCCCUGCAAGUUGGCUCUCUGUGAGCAUUUAGAGAUUUAGAAGAAAAAUUUAGUUUGUAUAACCCUUGUAACUGUUUGUUUUGUUGUUGUUGUUUUUUUUUCCAAGCCAAAUAUAUGACAUAAGAUCAAUAAAGAGGCCAAAUUUUUAGCUGUUUUAUGUACAA